AUGAUGGGCAAAGAAUUUGAGGAUUUUCUUCACUUCUUCACAUCUCCUUCAGAAAGGAAAGAUGCUCUGCCUGAAACAUUUAAUCUUGGUGCAAUCCUGGCAGCCAUAAUUGGGGUGUCCUGUCUGGCAUAUGUGGUGCUGAUGUGUGUGUGCAGGGACAGUGGACAGAAGAAGACAAAAGAUGUAAAAGCCAACCAGCUGUCUCACAAGACAGACAAGACAUCUGUGGUGCCACAGAAUGGGGCAGAGUCCAGGACCGAGAUAGUUUGGGGUCGAACAUUGCCACCUCCUGAUGUCACAUCAAGCCUCCAGACCAAUCAGAUACCAGCUAACUCAAGAGCAUCAAUUGCCAGACUGCUUCCAGCGCCACCUGUCUCUAGUUACGAGACUGUUGCCAAGCAACCUGCUGGACAUGAGCUGACAAGUUCAGGGUUAAAACAUGGUGGCCACAUUUCUGGAAUGGCUGCACUGAAUAAUCAACAGCUUCAUGGUAAAAAUAUUGUACCAUCAAGUGUUGGGAGGACAGAGAUGUCAAACACGGACUAUGAACACCUCGGUUCAAAAAGUGUCAUUAUACCAUCCGAUUAUGACAGUCUAAAUGAGCUCAAGAGUCAUGAGAGAAGAAAGGUGCCGUCAGAAUCAUCUGAAAGCUCCGACAAUGAUUAUUCAGAGCUUGAUGAUAAAACGUACCCAGAGGUCAUAGAGGUCAGUUCCAAGAGAGAAGAACUGUCUGACCCUUAUUCCAAGAUAAAGGAUGAAAUUGAG